UAAUUCCCCGAUCUCCGUUCUACUACAAGGGUCUCCCUCCUCCCCUUCCCACCCCAUACCUUGCUAAAGGUGCCCUAAUUGUUUAAGGAGAGAAGCCGCCGCCAGGACCAAACAAGAGGCCCGACACUUUCCGAAAUCCCGUGAGCACCGCUGACAGAGGUCCCUACCACGACCAGCACCCACCCAGGCUCACCGUGCGGAUCUGCCUCCGCAAAAGACUCUGUGGAGUGGGAGGGCCGCAGUCUUUUGAAGGCGCUAAUCAAGAAAUCUGCGCUGCGGUGAGUAGCCUGCAUCCACUUCCGGUCCUCCGGGGUACGGAAGCCUGGACCCCACUCUGACAUUCUGCCUCAUAUGUUCCUCAGUGGAGAGCAGGUCCACGUCCUGGGCUGUGAAGUGAGCGAGGAAGAGUUUCGCGAAGGUUUUGACUCCAGUAUCAACAGCCAGCUAGUUUACCAUGACCUUUUCAGAGACCCUCUCAACUGGUCAAAGACUGGGGAGGCCCUUCCUGGGGGACCCCUGGGAGUCUUGAGAGCCAUGUGCAGUAGGACAGGUCCUGGUCCUGUCACCAUUGCUCUUGAUUCACUUAGCUGGCUGCUGCUUCACCUUCCCUGCACCACAGUCUGCCAGACCCUGCAUGCUCUGAGCCAUCAGGACUCCCGCCCUGGUGACAGCUCCCCAGUAGAACACGUGCAUGUGCUGGGCCUGCUACAUGGAGAGCUUCAUGGCCCAGGCCCCAUGGGAACAUUGAGUGCCCUUGCUCGGACUGAGGUGACCCUGAGCGGUACCAGGAGCCAGGCCUCAGCUCACAUUCUCUAUAGGAGGCCCCAACAGCGUCCAACACAUGAGACUCACUGGUUCUCCAUCCUGUCUGACUUCGGCGUGGAUCUCCAGGGGGUGUCUCCCCUGAAGUCCCAGCCCCACCCAGAUCCUCUUACACCCCCGGUGGAUCCCACUACUCACUUGACUUUUAACCUUCACCUGUCCAAGAAAGAGAAGGAAGCCAAAGAUAGCCUGACCCUGCCCUUCCAGUUCAGCUCUGAAAAACAGCAGGCUCUCCUGUGCCGUGGUCUCGGCCAGGCUACCAGCCACAUCUUCUAUGAACCAGAUGCUUACGAUGACCUGGACCAAGAGGACCCAGAUGAUGACCUAGAUAUUUGACUGGCCAUGUGAUUUGAUUAGACUGGAGGUGGUUAGGGAAACCUUGGGCCCAUAACCAUCCUUUCAUUGUUUAAGUUGGCCUUACCCUGUCCCAUCUUUGUUUCCUCCAUCUCUAGAGGCUCUUCCCUAUGACUUAUAAGCCAGAGAGUAGCAUCCAGUUAGGAGAAAGGAUGGGAGUAGAGAGGAAGGUAAGAGACUAGGAAAUCUGCCCCUCAAGCCUAAUAAAGUUUUGUUUGUAGUUAAACU